AUGACAAACGAGCCGCCAAAAGGUUUGCGUUCCAACUUGUUACGUUCAUACCUCACCGAUCCUAUAUCAGACCAGGAGUUCUUUGGAGGCUGUAACAAGCCUGCAGCCUUUCAGAAGAUGUUGUUUGGGUUGUGCUUUUUCCACGCGCUUGUACAAGAAAGACGAAAGUUUGGUCCUCUUGGCUGGAACAUUCCUUACGAGUUUAACGAGUCAGACCUUAGGAUUAAUAUGGCGGAUCCUGGUUGGAAAACAUUCUAUGAUUCAUCCACGCCUCAGACGGAAAAGAUGCCUGAUCCAUGGGACCUCUUGUCUGGAUUGGACAGGAUGGUAGUACUGAGGUGUUUAAGACCUGAUAAAGUCGUCCCUGCCGUUCAGGAUUUUAUUGUGGAAAAUAUGGGUCGUUCAUAUAUCGAGCCACCGACCUUCAACCUCCAACUCAGCUAUGAUGACUCCCACUCCUGUGCUCCCUUAGUCUUCGUGCUCUCUCCUGGCGCUGACCCAAUGGCUGGCCUGUUAAAAUUCGCUAAUGAUAAAGGGUUUGGCGGUAAUAAGAUACAAACGAUUUCACUUGGACAAGGCCAGGGACCUAUUGCAGCAGGCAUGAUAGACCAAGCCAUCAAGAACGGUACAUGGGUGGUGUUGCAGAACUGUCAUUUAGCGACCAGCUGGAUGCCAAAACUCGAGAAAAUAUGCGAGGAGGUUAUCAUUCCUGAAAAYACUAAACCAGAAUUUAGACUUUGGCUGACRAGUUAUCCAUCUCCAGACUUUCCAGUUUCUAUUUUACAGAAUGGGUUUGUCUUCGUUGAUUAUCCAAUGAUUGCGUCGUUUCUUCUACGGUUCUCUGAGAGUGGUAUAUACUACGCACCUCCUGAGGGUAAAUACGAGGACUACAUUGAGUACAUACGUAGCCUGCCAUUAAUACCCAACCCUGAGGUAUUUGGACUCCACGAGAAUGCUGAUAUUACCAAAGACCAGAAGGAAACACAGGAGCUUUUCGAUUCCAUUCUACUAACCCUACCACGUCAAACCGGCGGUGGAGGCAAGUCAUCUGCUGAAAUGAUCGAAGAACUCGCUACUGACAUCCUGUCCAAGUUCCCUCCWUCGUUUGAUAUUGAGAUGGUUAUGGAGAAGUAUCCGGUGAUUUAUAACGAAUCAAUGAAUACAGUGUUACGACAAGAAUUGAUCAGAUUCAAUAGAUUAACGACUGUUGUAAGAAGCACGCUGGUGAACCUACGGAAGGCCGUCAAGGGUCUUGUCGUAAUGUCUGGUGAACUUGAGGACGUGUUUAAUAAUAUGAUGGUUGGUAAGGUACCAGCGGUCUGGGCAGCCAAGUCUUAUCCAUCUCUAAAGCCAUUAGGCAGUUAUGUAACGGACUUACUUGAACGACUCAAGUUUUUCCAAGACUGGGUUGGUGCCCGUCAAAACUUUGCUCGUAAGUACACAAUUCCCAUCGAUCACGUUGGGUUUGAGUUUAGAGUGACAAGAGAAGAGAGAGAAAUGGAUCAUAAACCAGAAGAUGGUGUCUAUGUCUAUGGUCUUUUCAUCGAAGGUGCUCGCUGGGAUCGAGAGAAAAUGGUCGUCGGCGAAUCAUUACCUAAAGUUUUAUUCGAUACGAUGCCAGUUUUAUGGAUUGUACCUGGUGAGAAAUCCAAGUUUCAACCCAAAGCCAGUUACCCAAGCCCUGUAUACAAGACAAGUGCACGAAGAGGCACGCUAUCAACCACAGGACACUCAACCAACUUUGUCAUGUUUGUCGACAUCCCUUCUGACAAA